UUAAAUUACUAUAUUUGUAGAAACAGUUUUAUUUAAAGAAAACUACAGUCUAUCACCGAUAAUAUGGCCGAUACUAAAACUGGAAAAUUCGUGCAAAUCUCGUCCAACAACUUCGAGCAACUAUUAAAACAACUCGGCGUUCCCGAUGACCAGGUUGCAAAAUGGUCGGGCGCUAAGCACACCAUUGAGAUGAGCAAAACUGGCGAUGAGGUCCACAUUAUGUCGACUAACGGCGAUCACGUGCGGGACACCAAAUUUAAACUUGGUGUAAAGUACAGUGAAAAAUUUAACGGCAAAGAUGUCCAGGCAAUUGGUGUGAAGGAAGGCAAUCGUAUUACUCACACCAUAGGAGAGGGCGACAAACAAUUGAAGGUUGUCUACGAGUGGAACGGCAAUGAACUCCGGGUGACGAGCACUGCGGGUCCGGUGGUGGCCGUCCGUACGUACGCUAAACAGUAGGCACCCGACCACUCAUUGGACACCAUAACAAACAUGCUUAUAUUUUGAUAAUUAUAUUUUAUAUUAUAAUAGCAAUACUU